CUCGUGUCCUGUGUAGUGUGUCCGUGCUUCUCUGCUCUGUACGGCUUAAGCUUUCCACCGCUCAACUUGCGUAGCAGUGGGUUCAGAUUUCUCUCUCAGAUCUUUCUCAACUUGCAUCGAUCCGUUGUCUUCCGGAAUCUGGUGUAAUGGAUAGCAACGCUUCCAGCAAUGGCAACGGGGGCGGGGGUUAUCGCUUCCGGAGAAUACCUCGACACUCUCUCCCUCAUCUCAAGCUGGAUCCUUUGCUUGAUGAAAAUUUGGAGCAGUGGCCACAUCUAAAUGAACUCGUUCAGUGCUAUAGAAGCGAUUGGGUUAAAGAUGAUAACAAAUAUGGCCACUAUGAAACUAUCAGUCCUGUUUCCUUCGAGAAUCAGAUAUUUGAAGGGCCGGAUACUGAUAUUGAGACGGAAAUGCAGCUUGCCAGUGCGAGGCAAAUUAAAGCUGAAGAUGCUACCGAUGAUGACGUCCCAAGUUCCUCAGGAAGGCAAUUUACCAACGCUGAUAUUACAAAGCAUUUUGGUCAGUCUCCCCUUCCAGCUUAUGAACCAGCUUUUGACUGGGGAAAUGAGAGGUCAAUGAUAUUUGGCCAAAGGAUUUCAGAAACCACUACAACACACUAUGGCAGUGGAUUGAAGAUCUCAGUCAAAGUUCUCUCCCUUUCCUUUCAAGCUGGACUUGUUGAGCCAUUCUAUGGAACCAUUUGCAUAUAUAAUAGGGAGAGAAGAGAAAAACUGUCAGAAGAUUUCUAUUUUUGUGUGCCACCAAGUGAAAUGCAGGAUGCUAAAGUGCCUUUAGAACCUCGUGGAAUAUUCUAUCUAGAUGCUCCAUCAGCGUCAAUCUGUUUGCUAAUCCAGUUAGAGAAGCCUGCAACAGAAGAAGGCGGUGUAACCCCUUCAGUUUAUUCACGUAAAGAACCGGUGCACUUGACUGAGAGAGAGAGGCAGAAGCUGCAGGUGUGGUCUCGUAUAAUGCCUUACAGAGAGUCCUUCGCCUGGGCUAUUGUUCCAUUAUUUGAUAACAGCAUUGGUGCAGCUUCUGGUGGAUCUGCUUCUCCUAGUAGCCCUCUUGCUCCCGGCAUUUCUGGGUCGACUUCUCAUGAGGGUGUGUUUGAGCCUAUUGCAAAGAUUACAUCAGAUGGAAAGCUGGGUUAUUCUAGUGGAAGUUCUGUUAUUGUUGAAAUAUCUAAUCUAAAUAAAGUGAAAGAAAGCUAUACUGAGGAGUCACUUCAGGAUCCUAAACGAAAGGUCCAUAAACCUGUCAAAGGUGUUUUGAAAUUGGAAAUUGAGAAGCACCAGACUGUUCAUACCGAGCUGGAAAAUGUAUCAGAGAGUGGCAGUGUGACAAAUGAUUUCCUGGAUCCAGCGGAUCCCAUUGCUGAUAUACUGUCUUCAAAGAGUCCUGGAAAUUGUCUGGAUGGACCUCAGAGUAGCAACUCCAAGUGGAUUUCGAGUGAUGGGAAAGAUGUCUCCGGAAAUGGAUCUAACACUCAGGGAAAUCCAGAUUUCUGUGCUGAUGAUUUUCAGGCUUUUGACUUCCGUACAACAAUGAGAAAUGAGCCAUUCUUGCAGCUCUUUCAUUGUCUAUAUGUAUAUCCCUUAACUGUGAGUUUGAGUCGGAAAAGGAAUCUAUUCAUACGAGUUGAGCUAAGAAAGGAUGAUGCAGAUGCUCGUAGGCAGCCUUUAGAGGCAAUGUAUCCGAGGGAGCAUGGUUCAUCACUCCAGAAAUGUGCCCACACGCAAGUUGCUGUCGGUGCUAGGGUGGCUUGCUACCAUGAUGAGAUUAAAGUUUCACUGCCUGCAGUCUGGACACCAUUGCAUCACCUUUUAUUUACUUUCUUCCAUGUUGAUCUUCAAACUAAACUUGAAGCUCCAAAACCAGUAGUUAUCGGAUAUGCAUCACUUCCGUUGUCCACCCAUGCUCAAUUGCGUUCUGAAAUUUCUUUACCAAUAAUGAGAGAACUGGUUCCACAUUAUCUCCAGGAUUCUGGCAAGGAGAGGUUGGAUUAUUUGGAAGAUGGAAAAAGUAUUUUCAAAUUGCGCUUAAGACUAUGCUCGUCUGUGUACCCGAUUAAUGAGCGCAUCAGGGAUUUUUUUCUUGAAUAUGAUAGGCACACUCUUCGAACAAGCCCACCUUGGGGUUCUGAACUUUUGGAGGCAAUUAACAGCUUAAAGAAUGUUGAUUCCACUGCUUUGCUUCAGUUUCUUCAUCCGAUUCUGAAUAUGCUUCUCCAUCUUAUAGGGAAUGGUGGAGAAACCCUUCAGGUUGCUGCAUUCAGAGCCAUGGUCAAUAUCCUAACCAGGGUGCAGCAAGAGUCAGUUGAUGAUGCUGAACGAAAUCGCUCUCUGGUUAAUUAUGUAGAUUAUGCUUUUGAUGACUUUGGUGGUCGUCAACCUCCAGUUUAUCCGGGUUUGUCUACUGUGUGGGGUAGCUUGGCUCGUAGUAAGGCUAAGGGUUAUCGUGUUGGACCAGUAUAUGAUGAUGUGCUGGCAAUGGCUUGGUUUUUUCUUGAGCUAAUUGUCAAGUCAAUGGCAUUGGAGCAAACACGUCUGUUCUAUCAUAGUCUUCCAUUAGAUGAAGAUGUUCCGCCGAUGCAGUUGAAAGAGGGUGUGUUCAGAUGUAUAAUGCAGCUGUAUGAUUGCCUUCUAACUGAAGUUCAUGAGCGUUGUAAGAAAGGGCUAAGCUUGGCAAAACGAUUGAACAGCAGUUUGGCAUUCUUUUGUUAUGAUCUUUUGUCUGUCAUUGAGCCUCGCCAAGUUUUUGAAUUGGUGUCCUUGUAUCUGGACAAGUUUUCUGGGGUAUGUCAAUCAGUUCUGCAUGAUUGCAAGCUAAUAUUUUUGCAGAUAAUAUGUGAUCAUGAUCUUUUUGUGGAAAUGCCUGGGAGAGACCCUUCGGAUAGGUACUUUAUUCUUCUUGUGUUCGUACGCUUCACUCCUUCUCAACGUAAAUUUCUGCUCAAUGGUGUGCCCUUAUGGAGAACAUCCCUCUUUAUAGGGGAGAACUUAUAUAACUUGAAUGUAUUUUUAAAUAACAAUGUUGGUUUUUUGCUCUGACACUAUCAUCAGUUCUAAUAUGAUAAAUGGCAUCAACUUUUCCUCAUUGUUAUUAUCUUACACAAUGAACAGUGUAUGUCCUUAGUUUUGAAUGCAACCAAAAUUUCCUUAUUGUAAAAGUUGGCAGAAGGGGCUUCAAUUUCUAAUUGAAUGAUACACAUGUUCAUGAAGAAGGAAUAAUAUAGUGUCUUCCAUGUUUUUAGAGUUCAGUGUUUAGCGAUAUUUCAUAACCCACCCAAACCUCUGAUGUAGGAGAGCUUUGAAGGGGUCGGGGGGUUUGCAUUAAAUUAUAAGAAAUUAGUUGUUUUUGUAGGUGAGCAACAAAAGUUGUCUUUUCAGGUUCUUAUUCAGGGUCAAUUGAAGUCAGGUCAAAAGAAUGGGUGACCACGGGAAGAAUUGGUGUUAUGAUUAAGUUGCCAUGGUAUUAAAUUGGUUUGGGAUGAAGUAUUGCUGGCUUGGUCUGUGAAUGGAUAUAUUGGGUUAGGGUUAAAAUUAGAUUGUAAAAUGAUGUGAGUUUGUAUAUGGUGUAAUAAAUGGCUGUUCAAAGAGACCAUGAGAGCUACUGAAAUUCGAAAUUAGUUCUUUACUUAAUAAAAUAUGUUACAUGAUUGCUUGUAGAGUUCUAGCGAUCCUAUCUUUUAAGGACUUGAGAUCCAAAAUAAGAAAGUACCAAAAUUGACUUAAAACAACUCCUUAAAUAUAAAGAAUAAAUAAAAGAAAAAAAAUCUAAAUCACAGUUGUUAAGAUUCAAAAUCUGCAACAUCUGAGAAACCUGGAAAUUGUCUUUAUACCUGGCAUUAUAAAAUUUCAUCCUAAAGAAACAAAAAAGUUACUUAAUGGUAUCAUUUCAGCUUAAAUGGGUCCCUAAAAAUACCAAAUAAAGGUCAUAUUUUUAGAGUAUCUAGGUAAUUAAUCUUGGCUUGCUUUCGCAUGAUUGUCGUCCAUGUCACCUGUCCCUAAU